AACGUGCAGUCGAUGCAGUAAAAGUUAAGAGAAAAGAGUCUAACACAAAAAGACAGUGCAUCCUUUAAUUAUUAUAAUAAGUUGAUCCUGAGCGUACUGAUCGCAAAAUUUUGAAUUGGGAGUCGAAGGAUUGCUUAAGGCUCUAGGGUGCAGAGGAAACUUUACGCAGAGGAAGAACUGUUUAAGCCUUUCCAGACAAUUCAGCACUAACGCCUUUGAGAUAAAACAACCAAAUCAUGGCGGGUGAAGAACGUGGGAGUGAAGAAGAUAUAUUUACUCGUAUGAGUACCUUCGUCAAUAAAAAAGUUACAAAGGCCACAAGAGGUGCUCAAGAAUUUAUGAACCGUCAUUUUCAUGUACGAGAGGAAAUAAUUCCAUCGGAAGAAGUAGGUUUGAGUCAUACAAUAAAUCCGCCUAAUUAUGACUCGGAAAAAGACGAGGAAGACGGUCCUGAAAAAGAGAUAAGUGAAGAAGAGACAAAAAUUAGAGACAUCUUUUAUGAGACUGCGGACAAGAUAACGGAAACCAUCACCGUCGACAACCUUUUUCAGUGUCGAAAUCCCUUCACAAAAGCUUUUGAGGUUUCUGCAAAGCUACGGGAACUAGCCAAAACGCGCAAUGAAAAUGUGGUUCUUCUCAACAAUUUGGCAGAAAAGGUCGAGGACUUCUCUGUUACACUCAUGGACCAAGUAAACACUGAAGAGGAAAUAAAAAUCGAUGUUCAAGAAAAAGAAAAUAUGGAUACCUACGCAUGUCUACUUGACAGUAUAACAGAGUCCGCAAUACGCCACGAACAGAAGAAGUUUGUCUCGCAUCCACUGACAUACAGACUGGUGAACCAGAGAUGGAACUAUGGUUUGCCGUCGCACUACCUUGCGGGAUGGAAGCUUGUUUUGCUGUACAUAUUCACCAUAAUCGAGACGACUUUAACUCCUCUUUUGUGUCCAUUCAUCGCAUAUGUGUUCUACAUGGACCAGAUAUCCAACAGUAAGCGUACAGAGGAGGAAAAAGAAAAAGGAAAAACCGAAAAGCCCCUUCGAGAUAAAUACUUGAGCUACUUGACGACACCUUUCGUGAUCUUUUUGAAGGACAAACUCAGUCAAUUUGUCUUCAUAGUGCUGCACUUAAGAAUUUCCGUCCUACCAUCUUCUGUUUCCGCGAAGACAGAGGAAUACCUAAUCCUGAUAUUUUAUGUUGGUUCUUUGCUGACUGAGGUCCAACAGUACAGAACAUCUCAGUCUCGAGUUUAUCUGCGGAACAUGUGGAAUUACGUUGAUGUAAUGACCCUCUCACUACAUGCAUUGAUAUUGGUUCUUCGUAUCAUUACGAUCUGCCUCAGAGGAGAUCCUUACCAUAACCGAUUGCUGGAAGUGGUCAACCACUUUUAUGGCAUCACCACUCUGCUCCUUGUACUGAGGUUCUCAAGUAUUCUGGAAGUAAACAAAACAGUCGGACCUCUUCAACUGGCUCUGUUUCGAAUGUGCAUCGACUUAGCAAUUAUUUUGAUUCAAUUCUUUUUUGUUAUUGUGGCAUUUUCUGUGGCUAUCACCAUGAUCUACACUGCAGAGAUUUCCUACUUGAUUCCCACAGGACAAAAGAAGAUCAACGGGACUCAUUUUGACGGCUUUUGCGCAGAAGGACGAACAGCUUGCUUAUUCAAAGCAUCCACACAUCUUGUAUGGUCUGUCUUCGGUCUCACUAAUCUCGAGACCAUGAAAUCUCACGGAGAGUUGUCCUCAGCCGUAGUUGGUGUUCUGUACGUGUUGUUCUUGAUUCUGUCAGUUAUUAUGCUAAUCAACAUGCUUGUUGCAUUGCUCACAAACACCUAUCAGAAGGUCGAGACGAAUGCAGACGUGGAGUGGAAGUUUUCACGUGCAGUAGUAGCCGAUGAGUACAGAAGAUUUCAUCCCAUUGUAGCUCCAUUCAAUAUCAUUUCUUUUCCCGCUUGCCAAUGCUACAUCUGGAAAAGUGGUGACCGCCGAGAAAGGACGGCUGAAGAGCGACGCAGAAAGUAUAUCAAGUUUUAUGAUGAAGAACUUUUCCCUGUUAUUAAGAAGCGCUAUAAGGAUAAACACGGCCUUUUAUUUCCAUUGUCAACUGAAGAGAAAAUUGACAAGCUUCAAAACGACUUGCAGAAAAUGGUGGAACAUUUACAGACCUUUAUGGAGGUGAAGGACCAACAUAAAAGUCAGACCCCAUGUCAAGUCCAACAAUCAGAUGUUUCCCAACGAGAGUGCUACCAAUCCGAAGUUUGACAGGAAAGCGACGACAAUUACGGAAAGGCACCUGAGAUUUAAGAGUGAUUUUGCUGAAUAGGAGGAGGAUUCUUAUUGCAAACUUUUAGUUUGACCAGUUUUAUAGGCUAUAGUGAUCAUCGAGUCAGAUGAAAGGGAAGGUUUACUCAUCUUUUUUUAAUAAAAUUUUCUUGAUAUGAAAACAA